AUGAGCUCCUUUUCGAUGAGCAAGUUGACCAAGGCAUUGCCUUCGGUAUCCCGCCAAGCUCAGCCUCGAAUCUCCUCCUUGAGCAUCACACGUCCAUUCUCCCACCAAAGGACCUGCUUUGCGCGCAACGAUGGAAGCGACAUUGAGAACCAGAUGCUAAAUCGAGAACCCGAGUCACCUUCCGGUUCGUCAUCGCCGCUUUCUGCAAUCACACAAAUGAUGCAGGGCAAAAGAUCAGGCGCACCGUCCUCGCGCGGUAGCUCUGACUACUCCAGGAUGGCCGAAAGCCUCGAAGCCGACAUGAUCAAGAAUCCCUACGCCGACCGAGCUCCUCCCCACCACCUGCACGUCUACUGCCACAAGCACAACACAAUCCUCACCUUGACACGACCAAAUGGCAGCCCCCUUCUGUCUCUCGGAUGCGGUCAGAUCGGUUUCCGCAAAGCUGGUCGCUCCGGCUUUGACCCGGCAUACCAACUGUCCGCUCAUGUCAUGAAUCAGAUUCAGGAAAAGGGCUUUCUGAUGGAGAUCGAGCGGUUGGAGGUCGUGUACCGUGGGUUUGGAAAGGGUCGCGAUGCGUUCACAAAGGUCUUGCUGGGCCACGAAGGACGACACCUCCGGGGGCUUGUUGCGCGAGUGACCGACUCCACUCGACUCAAGUUUGGUGGUACUCGCAGCAGACACGUCUUGCUAGUUCCAACGACAGAGUCUCUCAUCGGUUCACGCGACCGGGAGACCAACCUGCUAUACUCCGACCUUUGCGCGUCAGAAGAGUUUCUAGGGAGCCAUGUGCUCCGCAUCCCAAUCCAUACUGGCUCUGCGAAUUCCAAAGAGGAAAAUAAUGUGCGAGAAAAUCGAGGAAAAGCGAAGCAGGUUACCACAUUCAAUGGGAGGACGGUGAUCAUCAAGGACAAUUCAGUGUACAGCAACAAAGGAUUCAAGUCACUCACACAAGCUCAACUAUUCUCCGACGUGCUAUACUACAGCCCGUCCAAUGAAUCGCGCCCAUGGCUGAUUUACUACAUCUCUCGCCCGUUGAUCGGAACAUAUGACCCCACGAAGAUCUUACCAGCCGCGGUCCCUGGAACCGAUACCAGCGUCCUCGGGCAAACUAGGCCGGACAAGAAACAUGGAAACGGAGAUUCAAUUGGGACGCCGCCAAAACAAGAGAUCAAAACUUUUGGGGAGCUGCUAGCCAAUUAUCCGAUGAUUGCCAGACAGAUGCAUCCGGGCCUGGAACGAUUGUUCAAAGAGUUUGGGAAAGAACUUGGUAAACCAUUACCACCUCCUCCUUCACGGUCGCCAUCUGCAUCCGGCAGUGAACGCACCCACAAGUUGUCCCGCGCCGAGUCUUGGACAGACGAAAGCUCUUCCAUUCGCAGCUGGUCGUCGCGCAGCAGAGGACGAUUGCCGUUCAACUCCGAGGAAUAUUUCGAGGACGACGAAGAUCUCAUGCGUCGAAGCUUAGAAACCGCGGUGACUGCUGCCAUUGAUCUUUUCCGCCUCGUUGACAAGCAGCAAUUAUCGUUGCUUGGCGCGACUACUGAUCUCACCGGUCCUCUAGUAGAGCGACUAAUAGAACGUUAUGUCGCCGAGCAAGUUCACGAGCCACUGCUUUUCCCCCGUCUUUGUUCAUUCCGCCAGCCAGAGGACACAGAGCUGGAUUCCCGCAUUCGCCAGAUGGAGAGCAUUGAUGUGUCUCAGGUCGGAAUCUCUGUUGAAGGUGGACGUGAUGGGAAACGAGAACUUAUUCGCCGCCUUGGGCGGGCCGUUGAAGAAUUUCGAAAGAUCAAUGACGCUCGUUGUCCCCAUGAUAUGCUGAACACUCUCCUUGAAACAGUGAAGGUUAUCUCCUUCCCUGGAAGUUAUGAUCAGAUGGACGGCUCGGCAUCUGAGAAGGGAACUCCCUCUGUCACGAUCAACGCCGAUGUCUUGGUGUCGUUGUUGCUUGUUGUUGUCAUUCGUUCUCAAAUACGGCAUCUCCAAGCUCGAUUGUUGUACAUGCAGCACUUUAUUUACAUCGAUGACGUGGAUAAUGGCGAGAUGGGAUAUGCCUUGAGUACAUUUGAAGCUGUUUUGAUGUAUCUCGUGACCGAUUCCGCCGGAUUACGGCGUGCCAGUGUCCGGAACAGACGCUUGUGGCAAGCAACAAAGGCUGGCAGGAUAUCGGAUAUGAAGUCCAUACUGGAACCAAACGAAGAUCAUGAAACAAUAGACGACACGACUCCACCGGAACCGGAGCGAAAAUCUGUACUGUUCCAGACAGAUGAAUCUGAUGAGCUAGAUGAUCUCCCUCUCGGGCACUCUUACACGAGUCAUACGAAUGGCGACUCAUACCUGGAUGAAGCUGUUGUCGAUGCACCGCCGCUAUCCCAUGUGUUCCCAUUCCAAACAUGGGAUGAUCUUUCCGUUGUCCAAGAAUCUCACCCGCACCGUCCAAUCAAGAAGGUCUCAAUGGACGUUCGCAGCCUAUCAGAAUCAUCAGCCGUCUCAUUCAUCUCCCGGACUGCAACCCUCGGAUCCAUGGCCAGUGGCAUUGAAGGUGACAACUCGAUAGAGACCUUGACAAAAACCCAAGACCCUGCUGGUCAUUCCAUACCGAUGAUGGCAGUGGAGGCCCGUCAGCCCGAGGCUUUGAAGUAUCUGUUGACUCUAGAAGAAUACUACCCCUUGGAAGAAAUCAUCCAAGACACCAACGCCGAUGGGACCACGCUAUUAAACGCUGCGGUGCAGCUCGCACACACUGAGAUAGUCAAGAUUCUCCUGGACUUCCUAUUUGCAAAGACAGAUACAAGUGUGGUUGCGUCCUACUUGACCAAAUCCGACGUCCACGGUCGCACUGUUGCUCAUUAUCUUUUCAGCACACCCUCGCUCCUAGGGAGACUUGGUAGCAUCAUCCCAUGGCGACAACGAGACAAGCAUGGACAAACACCGCUCUUUGCACUCUGUCGGUCGUAUGAUCAUCCGGAAUACAAAUCAAUGGUUCAAGCCGCUUUGACUGCAGCGCAAUGGGCACAAGGUGACAACAAACCACUUCAGCUUGACGAUCAUGUCGACACGAAGGGGAAUACACUGCUACAUAUUGUUGGUGACCCUGAGAUUACCCGGCGCAUAUUGCAGGACAGCGAUUGCGAUCCUAAUGCGACUAAUGACAAGAGAUUUACCCCAUUAAUGAUGGCCAGCAAAGUCGACGUCCAUGUCAAAGAAGCCCGUGGUUUGACAGCUGUGGAAUUGGCCAAGGAUGAUGAGGUGCGAAAUCGCAUUGACGAUUUGAUCUUGUUGUCCCAUCCUCCAUCGGCCUGUGGAGAUCCCUCGGGUCGUGUCACAACAGUCGUGCGGUCGUACUUUGUCGAGGAUGCAACCGUGCGCUUCAUUCUCAAAUCUGGCGCGCCGUUUCCUCCAACCGAAUCUGUGACAUCGUCGCGGCCCGGAUCGACAACAUACACCGUUACGACUUGUCGCCGGAAUUUCUCCGACUUCGAGAAUCUGGCUAAAUGGCUUGCAGUGGAACAUCCAGCAUCUUAUAUGCCGUCUCUCUCGGAUUUCCGGAAUCCAUUCCAGAUCCACUCGAAGCCAUCGCGGUCCGUGCUCCAUGAUCUCCAAGAAAGACUGGACCGGUUCCUGAAGACCCUUCUCGCCCAUCCAACCUUUUCAACCCACGAAAUGCUGUGGGAGUUCUUCCUCGUUCCGGAACUUCAGCCUGAGAUGGUUGCAGACCGAUCGUACAGCAAGGCUGCCGUGCUCGCAGAGACCAUCGCGGAUGAAUAUGCGCCAGUCUCAAUGGAGGGCAUGCGCGACACAGAGCAGUUUAUCACCCACGCGCAGGACAUGGUGCGUGGUGUACACGUCAACACGCGUUCCCUGAUUCGUCGAGGAUACGCGCUACAGAAUGGAACAUCAGAUCUGGCUGAUGCGGUGAUGAUAUGCUCAUCUAUUCUUGCUACACUCCGAGCGCCCACCAAUGCACUUCCGGUCUCACAUAUCGAGGCCUUUGCUCGUCGGAUUCCUCCCUCUCUCCUCCAGUACUUGGCAGCUAUUUCCUCUAUUGACAACACAACGGCCGCAAUCCUCAUCUCUCUAUCCCGUCCGCUGACCCUUAUGUCCUCCCUCUCAUCAACAAACCGCCAUAUCUCUCGCUCUCGCUCUUCGCUCCUCUCCUCCUCCCUCCCCCGCAAAUUCAAUCUAAACCUGCCAGGCUUCGAGGAGUCUCGCCAAAAGUCCGUCCGAGACCUUGAACAAAAGAUUCGCGAUGGCGAAUCCGAGUCUACUCGGCUAGCAAAGGAGGUCUCGUGGAACAAGGAUGUUGUCGUUGGCGAACUCGCUGGCUGGACCUCAUGGCGGGAAAGGGUCGGCCGCGAGGCCAUCCGAACCUUUGUCAAGGAUACCCUUGUCCGCGAAAAGGAGCGCGGCAAACGCCUUGAACGGUGCCUACGCAGUGUGCGCGAUAUGAAUGCAUGA